CAGCUCUGGGUGCAGGCCCCUCCCUCUUACUUCGGUGAGAGAAUGUAUGACGUUUGAUGCUAACGCUAUGUGGUAAUUUGACUGAGUGAAAAGGUGGCAGCGAGACUGCUUGUACAAAUAGUCGUCUGAAUGCACCUGGAACUCAAGUAAGGACAGAGGGAGCGGAUUAUAGAAAACAAAAUUCAUUAUAAAAGAGAAACCGUCAGGCGCUUUGAAUUAAAGAGAUAACUGUCAAAAGACAAACUGUCAUCGCAAUUAUUUUUAGCUGCCAAACUAUAUUAUCAGCAAGCUGUCAGAAGAUCAACAACACAAAAGCUAAAUGUGAAAAGGUAAUCUUUUAUUUAUUUACGUAUUUAUCACAGACAGACCUCUCAUUGUAUGCGGAUCAUGUAACUGGAUAGCUGUUAAAAAUUCAGUUCCUGCACUGGUGGAAGUACAGUUUCAUGCACAGGUGAACAAAAUGGGAGGGAAUUUGGGGUGUCACCGCUCAAUCCCAAAAGAUCCAGCGGACUUUUGUCACAACAAGCGCAAAUUCAGCGCAGCGUGCAACUUUAGCAACAUUUUGGUGAACCAGGAGAGGCUGAACAUCAACACAGCCACUGAAGAGGAGCUGAUGACACUGCCUGGGGUGAACCGUAUGGUCGCCCAGAACAUAGUGGAGUACCGUGCGUGUAUAGGGGGCUUCAAGAAAGUGGAGGACUUGGCUUUGGUAAGCGGGGUCGGUGCUGCCAAACUAGAGCAGAUCAAGCUAGAGAUCUGUGUGAGCAACAGGACGGGCUCCACCCAGCAAUCACCAAGCUCCCUGCGCAAAGACGUGAACCAGGAACACCUGGCUUGCACCAGGAUCAACAUCAACACAGCCACGCCGGCUCAGCUGAUGAGCAUCCGUGGCAUCACCGAAAAGAUCGCCAAGAAUAUCGUGGACUACCGCCAGCAGCACGGACCUUUCAAAAGCAUAGAGGACCUGGUUAAAGUCGCCUACAUCAACUCCUCAUUUCUGGACAAAAUCAGGUUUCAAAUCUUUGCAGAGCGUUCCCGACCUUCGUCAACAAACACCAACGGUGGGGUAACUUUUACCUGCAAGUCUCAUCCCAGCCCGACUUCUCUGAGCCUUCAGAGUGAGGAUCUAGACUUCCCACCGGGUGGACCGACACAGAUCAUCUCGGUGCGGCCAAAUGCAGAAGCGUUCUCUGGUCUGCGUGACGGUAAAGCCGUUCUGAGGUUAGCAACCUGGAACCUGCAAUGCUGCUCGUCUGAAAAGGCAAACAACCCCGGAGUGCGGGAGGUGGUGUGCAUGACGCUUCUAGAAAACGGCAUCAAGCUUUUGGCAGUUCAGGAGCUGGCUGACAGAGACGCACUGGAAAAGCUUUGUGCAGAGCUGAACCAGUCGACACUGCCCAGCGUCCGCAAGUGGAAGGGCCCCCGAGGAUCCUGGAAAUGCGCUGUCUCAGACAGGCCUGCAGGACAGUCACACAAGGGCCCAGAGUAUGCUGGAUACCUGUGGGACAGCACUUUUGGAAUUGAGCUGAAGGAUUCUACUUUGCUAGAAAGUCCACAAGCCAAUGGCAAUGGAAAGCCAACCUACCCUAAACCAUACCUUGCACAAUUUAAGAUUAGAGUGUCUGAUGUAACUCUAGUAAAUAUGCACCUGACACUGCCACCUGCUGGGGGAGAAGCCAAUGGCAAGAAUCACAGUGAAAACCACAAGCUGUCACUCUUUACUGAGACUCUACAGGAAACACUUAAAGGAGAAAAAGACUUGAUCAUCCUUGGUGACUUCAGUCUGCCUCCGGAUGGCAGUGAGUUUGAUGUGUUAAGAAAAGAGAAGUUUUCUCCACUGGUCCCCACAAGCACUUUCACAAACAUCAGCACCAAGAACCCCCAGGGAUCUAAGUCUCUUGACAACAUUUGGAUCAGCCGCUCUCUUAAGAAGGCUCACACAGGUCACUGGGUUGUCGUGAGGGAAGGCCUUACCAAUCCAUGGAUCCCGGAUAACUGGUCUUGGGGUGGAGUAGCUUCAGACCACUGCCCGGUGUUUGCUGAAUUUUACACAGACUCCCACAAGAAGGAGCCAGUUCGCAACGGAAAUGGAGUGACUGUCGUCCAACACAGCGAAGCGAAUCCCAAUCAAACGGUGACAGGAUUCUGACUGAGGAAUAAACCAAACAAGGAUACUGUUCUUUUAGAGUUCUAUUCAAGUUAGCAUGAAUGAAGUGUACCAAAAACGAAUGUGAAAAGCACCGAGUUUGCCUUUUCUUUUUUCUUUUUCUUCAAAUCCAAUUUGGGUCUUGUGCUUCAAACAUUAGAUAACAUUAGAGAACAAUUAUUUUAGCUGGCUCUUUGAGCUAUAUAUAUAUAUAUAUAUAUAUAUUUGAACGGACGUUUAGGAAUGUGCCAAAAAAAAUGCAAUAUUUAUGGAACAUUUUUUUCAAGAAAUGAAGAAUCUUGUACUAUUUUUGAAUCCACUCUGUUCAUGAAGAAAAGGAUUCUUCUUUGAGAAGGCUGGAGUUCCAAUGCAGGAACAAGUGGUUCGAGGCCCUGACCCAUUGCUGCUUUCAUUCUAAACGGUUGAAGCCAGCUGUCUUGGGGACAGUAUUUAUAUUGAUUAGGCUGUACUUCUUCAAGCAUACAGGCCCAGCCAGGCCUCCCAGAUUCCAGUGGGAUUUGCUCUAGUAAUUCCCUAUGACACGUAUGUAAUAAGUAGUGAUUCAGUACAUGUUACAUUUGAAGAUGUUUUUUUGUUUUUUUUUACCAUUGAACUUCCCUCUAAUAUAAGGUACUAAUUGUAUUCUGCCAGAGAUAAAUGCUCCUCCUUUAUUCCCCAGAGGAACACAAAGUUUAAAAAGGUUGGAUGUAAUUCAAUUAACUUUGUAGCUUUGUUUUAACAACACUCUGAAAGUGGAAUGGUAUGUAUCUUUAUUUAAUGGGCAAUCACUAGAGAAAUCACUAGAGCCUUGACAGUUCAUUAAAUUGAAGUCAAAUGAAAACUGCUUUUGGAGAUAACUGUCGUUAUUUCUAUUCCUAGCUAUACCAUGAGCUGUACAUUUUAAUUGUAUUACAUUCUCAGAAAGAACAUAUCUGUAACAUAUCCAGAGCUUUGUAAAUAUAUCUUUAAUUCUUUGGGUUUAGUAGUAUUUAUCAGCAAAUAGAGUACAACACACAAAAGAAUGCAGAAACCUUGCACUUACAGUGCUCCCUUGUUAGUAUCUUACUUGCACAUCAAAAAAAUGUAAAAUGUUGAAAACGGAAUUAGGGAAGAUACAGUACAGCUCAUAUACAAUUUGCUGUCAGAAUGGCCAAGCUUGGGGGUGACUGUACUUUAUGACCAAUGAAAAGCCUGCUGUCCCCCAGGCUUUAGUAUUGAUUCUGGAAUACCUCACAUUAGCGAAAAAUAUGAAGAUUAUGGUUUAUAUAUAUUCUCAUUUGGGGACCACUUGCUGUUCAUUAUAUAAUUCCUUGUCUACCCAUUUUCAUAAAAGUUCAUUCAUCUACCCUACACAGCAUCUCGGCUCUAUGCUUCUUAACAGCAUCCUAAAUGCUGUUAAUAUUUUUCCAUCUGCUACAAAGAUCACAUUUCACAUGAGAAUUAAUUAAUACAUCCCCCCACCCCCCACCCCCCCACCCUACGCCCCUCCAAAGGAAAAGUUUAUUGCAAUUGUUAAGAAUGUCAUUUUUAAAAACAGUAUCUAACUUUUUUUUUUUUUAGUUUGCAGAAUAAAUAAACAUUUUUUAGUUACUUGUGGGUAGUGAUCUGUGGAUAAAAUCCAUAAACUCCAAGCUGGUUCCCAUCUUAAAAAAUAGUGAGGUAACCCCUGCUGUAAAGGGAGGUCAGCCACAAUAUUCGUUUUUAUUUUUUUAAUUUAUUUUUAAAGCCUAUUUUUAAAGCCUCCAUUCAUACUAAUGCCAGACCCAAUUAAAUCUGAUGACUAAUAAUGGUCAUUGGGUGCCUCAUCAAUAAAACGAUGGUUGGGAGUGACAGCCAUGCCCCACGAACUAGGGCCAAGGAAUCAAGUGCCUCAAAAUACUGUUUGCCCCACAUGCUUGAACUGACUCUUAAUAGAAAUUACUUAAUAGAAAUUAUAGAUGUAAUAUAUAGGUAUUUUAAUAUAUAAUAAGUGUAUAAGUAUUUUAAUAUAUACUUAUAUAUUUACUUUUUUUUUUUUUUUUUGCAUUGAAGCAAAAAGGUACUGCAGUAGUUAUUGAUUUAGUUACAGUUCACACUGGUUUACGGGUCACGGAGCAAUAGCUGAAGUGCUUUAUCUAGCAAGUGUGCAGUUCCAGAAAAGCAAUUGUAAUUUCAAAAGUUUGUACUCUCUGUAAGUGUAUAGUAUAACCAUGGAGACUGUCUAAACACACUACUGUUAGAUUCUGAGAAAUGCUUUAAACUGGUAAACUAACUCAAUCUGAAUCAUUAUAUGUUAUCUUUUUUCUUAAAACAUGUCUUUCAAAAUUAUUAUUUAUGUAUACAUUUAUUGUUGUGAAAUAUUUAUUUCACUGUGUAUGCGCAUAGAUAGAUAGAUAGAUAUACAGUAUUUAUACACACACACACACACACACACACACGUAGUCAAAAGUUUACAUACCCCAUGGAAAUUUAUAAUUUCUAGAAAUUUCUGAAAAAAAAAAGAAUUAUAGGAAAAAUCUUUUAUAGCAAAAGUUUUGCUUUUGUGGAUGAGGAAAAAAAUUACAAGAAAUACGGUAGAUGUCUACAAAUAUUUAUUUCAGCAGUUUUUUUUUUAAAAACUCCAAUACUGCUAAUUCAAAAGUAUUCAUACCCUGACAAGAAAAAUGAAAUGAAUAGCUACUUGAGGCAUCUUUAGCAAUAAUAACCUCUUUUAAACGAUUAGUAGGAUAUUUGUCAACGAGCUUUUGGCAUGAUUCUUUAGUGAUUUGUGACCAUUCUUCAACACAAAAUUGUUCCAGUUCAUUCAAAUUCGGAGGACUUUGACUAGGCCAUUCCAGAACUUUGAUUUUAUUCUUCUUUAACUAUUCUGAAGUAGAUUUUGAUGUGUGCUUUGGAUAGUUGUCGUGUUGGAAUGUCCAGUUACGCUUUCAACCAAGUUUUGGAGCAGAGGAUUUCAGAUGAUUGGCCAAUAUCUUUUGGUAUGCUAUGGAAUCCAUUUUACCAUGUAUUGGAACUAAAUUUCCUGUGCCAUUAGAGGAAAAACAGACCCAUAGAAGGAUAUUACCAUCUCCAUGCUUGACAGUAGGUAUGGUGUUCUUUUCUUUGUACACCUCACCAGACUUUCUCCAAACGUAACGACAAUCAGUGUGACUAAAUAGCUAGAUUUUUGUUUCAUCACUCCACAAAACCUUUGACCAGAACUCAUAUCCAUCAUUCAAAUGUGGUUUUGCAAAUUUUAAGUGAUUGUCCUUGUGACGUUUUCCUAAGAGUGACUUUUUCUUUGGCCUACGACCAUUGAGACCUUCACCAUGCAAUACUCGUCCUAUGGUUGGAAACCCCAGUCCCCCUUGCAGCCAAUUAACUUUGAAUACCUUUGGCAGUCAAUCUCGGAUUGUUAUUAACCUUCCUCACAAUUCUUCUUCUUGUUCUUGGUGAAAGAACCUUCUUUCUUCCAGACUGAAGGAGUGUUGUGACAGUACCAAGAGUCUUGUACUUCUCGAUAAUAGAAACAAUAGUUGAAAUUGGGAUACUCAAAUCCUUGGAAAUUUUCUUGUAUCCUUCUCCAGCUUUAUGACAAUAAAUCAUUUUCUGCCUAAGGUCUUCAGAUAGCUCCUUACUUUUCCCCAUAUUGACAUAUUGGUAAUGACAGCAAUCAUCCUAUGCUAUUACUUGUAUUGUAACGCUUGAAAUGUUUUUGCUUACGAUUGUAAGUCGCCCUGGAUAAGGGCGUCUGCUAAGAAAUAAAUAAUAAUAAUAAUAUGCCUAACCAUUUUAUACUCUCUAAGAAUGUUCACCUACAAUCCAGAAUUUGCUAGACUUUUCUAGAAUUAGGUUCUGCAUUAUCAUAUUGAAAUUUCUCGCACCUUGUACACAAUACUAUCAUGGCAUCAAAGGGUAUGAAUACUUUUGAAUUAGCACUUUUGGAGUUUUGCAAAAAAAGAAAAAAAAAUGCUGAAAUAAAUAAUUGUAGACAUCUAUUUCUUAUAACUUUUUUUCCUCAUCCACAAAAGGAAACCUUUUGCCACAAAAGAGUUUUCCUAAAAUUCUUUGUUUUUGAGAUAUUUCUAAAAAUUAUAAAUUUCCAUUGGGGUAUGUCAACUUUUGAUGGGAAAGAGGUUUUAUGGGGUUGACCUGACAAAGGUAUUGGGGCAAAUGUUCUUGCUUUUCAUGGACAACCACCAUCUGACAAAACACACACAACCUCUGCUUGUCUAAUUGAACAGCAUGCCGAUGAUCUAUAUAGGAACUGAAUCUUGGUGAACAUGCUGCUGAGAAAACAGUAUGAUGAGAAAUUCCAUGGACAGGAGGGAUAACGCUUUGUACUGUUUUUUUUUUCAACUUGUCAUAAAAACUGGACUUGUCACCACUAAUUUCCAGAUAGAAACAGCCUCCAGUUGCCAGAAAACAUCAAUGGAUCUGUGUAGUGAAUCAGUACAUUUGAUAACAGGUUAAUAGUGUUCUAAGUUUAAUGUUCAAGCUAAAUUAUUGUAUUUGAAAGAUGUUGGUCAGCUGUGGGAAAUGUAACCUUAUAUGCAUUCAUUUUAACAUAAGCAGGAAAUUACAUGAGGUAGUUAAAAUAGGAAACCAGGGAGCAGUACAAUUCAGUAAAUGUUUGAAUGAUCUUAGACUUCGUUUCCACUGGAGGUAAGAGCUUCACUGUGUGAAACACCAGUUUCCCUGACCUUUAAAAUAUAGAUACAAGUUAGCUGUACUUCUGCUCCUUUGGUUCUUCUGCAAUUAGCCCUUAUAUUCAUUUUAAAGAGUAAUGUAUACCUACUGCACUACUGCUAACCUAUGGCUCAAUAAAAAGGAAUACUGAACUUUUGUGGAGUGUGCUUGCCAUAAAUGUAUUGUGAAUGGUGCUUGGACACUAUCUUCUGGACAUUAUUGGUAUUGCUGGCUGAAUUGAUUAAAUACCGUAUGUAAUAAAGUUGACCCAUGGUAGAA